AUGCGGUACAAGAUUGCACGUUGGUACCUAGAUCCCACAUGGAUUUGUGUUAAGGUUUUCCCUUGGAUGGGGAUGAAGACUACAUUUGUUGUAUUGUUGUACAGGUGGAGGAUUGUAAUAUACCUGAUUGUCCUGUGUUGUUUGUAUUUGUUUUUAUGGUGUCUAACACCCUCAGAGUUUGUUGCAGAGUUCAUAAAGACAGAUGAACCACAUGAAUGUGUCGCGGAUCGUCUCAAACCAUUUGCCAAGAAGUUACAGGAUUUCGAUGCGUUUCUAAUUCAGCCAGAAAAUCCUCAGACUAACCUUCUCACAUUUAUAGGAAAUGGUUUCGUUGGCUGCUCUUUUCAAGAGGAUACACUUGUGGUUCAUGAUAACGGAUUUUUAUCAAAAAGUCUUAAAAUACCAGUUUUAAUCACACUCGAUGUUCAUGGAUAUGUCAAUUUUAAAGCACUACUUUUGGAUAUUCGGGAUGGGAUAAUGCACAAGAUGAGUUGUUUUAAACACGUGAAUGAACUAUGUGUUUCGUCAGGUACAAUGGUAUAUGCUCAUCGUCGAUAUUCAAGUCUCAUCAUUCAAACAUUCCGUGUUUACAACCCUAUGGAUUGGGAUAAUACAGUAAAAAUUGACAAGGGUGAUUUAAAGAAUUGGACAGAACUUGUAUCGCUUCGCCAUAUUAGAUUACAACAGAAAAGUGAAGUGAAAAAUCAUGCCUCUGAAGAAGUGACUUAUCAAAUUGCCUGUGGUUUGAUACGUUUACCACCUCCAGAUGACUUGAAAACUAAUGGUCAUUAUUCUAUUGUCAAUCAAGUACUUGUAGUUGUUGUCUACGAGCCAGUCUUUCCGGAUAAGCUGACUGUCCCGUCGGGAUCAACACAUUCAUAUACUUUUAUCACUGGUAUCCGAAUAUCUGAUCAACCUAUCUCUGUAACAGAGCAUGAUUUCAUUCAAUUUAAAUCAAAUCUUGGUUCUAUAAUUAAAGAACGUGAACGUUUAGAAUCAAUAAUUUCAUCAGAAUUAACAUUUGCUUUACGUUAUCCUGAAAGUGAAUUACGUAAAGAGCAUACAGAUGCAUGGAAUUUAUUAUGGACAUCUGGAAUCAGUUUAAGUUAUUCUUAUGCUCCAGAGGCUGUCAAUCCCAAAGCUGUGAAUACAACAUUAUAUUAUAUAGCUGCAAAUACUCCAGAUCUUCUAUUCACACAAUCAUCAAUGAGUAUCAAUACAUCUCUACAAGAUAAUUAUAUACUUCGAUAUCAACAAUAUGAUCAAUGUUUUCAUGGUGUAUAUACUCUACAAACAAGUUCUCUAUGGAGACCGGUUACAUCAUUGUCAACUAUGCAUAAUUUAAUACGAUUAUGGCGUCGUCAACUGAUUGAUGGUGGUUGUGAAAAAUUACUUCAAGAUGGUGUUUACAGUGUACAUCAGGCAGUAUUGCGUAGUAUCGGUUCAUUCUACAUAACUCAUGAUCAUAUCGCUAUCAAUUAUCCAUCAGAUUCAUUAUAUCGUGAUAUUGUCUUUCGACGAAUACAAUUGAACCAGCCUGGUGUUUAUAUAAACUUUGAAAUACGUCUAUUAUCUCGUGAAGGUAGUAUUUCAUCACCUCAUUUAAUGGCUAUAGAAUUAUCUGUAUGGCGAUCGUCUAGUCUAUCACUAUUAUUAAGUACACCAAAUACACCAUUGUCUAAUAAUGAUGAUAAUCAUAUUCAACAGGCUAUUGAUUUUUUUAUGAAACUAGAGAAAGAUGCAUUGAACACUUCAGUAUAUGUUUGUCCAGCUGCUUGUCAUUCAACGCCAUCUAUAGUUGGGUUCACCAAACAAGUGGUGCCGUUUACCAUCAGCGUACCACCCACAGCUUUAAUGUAUCUUGGCACUAAUUUUAAAGACCUUACGAAAUAUGGUCAAACUAUUCAUUUUGAUGAGAUUCAUAUCGGCCCAGCACCAAGACAUGAUAUUAUUACUAUGCAUAGGCAUGGACAUGCAUUUGGUGGAUUACCAUGGCUUUUCUGGAUUAGUUUAGUCUUACUAAUCGCUGUCUUCCAUAUGUUUUUCUGUAAAAUCAUAUACAACGAGUUGAGAAGAAAGAAUCAACCAUCUGAAGAUCAAGACACUUGGAGAUUACCGCGUUAUGCAACUGAUCUACGCUGUCAAUCAGCUCAUGAAGCAAGAGCCUAUAUUAAUGCACAGUUAUCACGACGAAGACGAGCUGACUUGGAUACUGUUCCAUAA